AAAAAAAAACGCUCCACCAGUGGACUGUUUCAAGUUCCCCCCGGCUGAAACCCUGCCUGAUUUGUGGGCAAUGUUGGGGAUGUAGAAAAAAAAGGAAACCGGAGCAAAGAGAGCGCAAGGGAGAGAUAGGGAGACAACACUAACAGGGUAGCUAUGGAGAUAGUAGGUUUUCCUGGUAGCUUUCUUUGACAGGUGUCGAGUGGGAUAAAAUAAAGUAUCAGAGCAGCCUCCAAGAUGUACGGCAAGGGUAAAGGAGCUGUGGUCCCCUCCGAUAGCCAAGCAAGAGAAAAGUUAGCGUUAUAUGUGUACGAGUACCUGCUACAUGUGGGAGCACAGAAGUCAGCACAGACCUUCCUGUCCGAGAUUCGAUGGGAGAAGAAUAUUACAUUAGGGGAGCCCCCUGGAUUCCUCCAUUCGUGGUGGUGUGUAUUCUGGGAUUUGUAUUGUGCAGCUCCAGACCGAAGGGAGACAUGUGAACACUCCAGUGAGGCGAAGGCCUUCCAUGACUAUAGCGCGGCGGCGGCGCCCAGCCCUGUGAUGGGCAACAUGCCCCCCAACGAACCCAUGCCAGGUGGUCCCAUGCCCCCAGGCUUCUUCCAGGGACCACCCGGCUCUCAGCAGUCCCCCCAUGCACAGCCCCCCCCACACAACCCAAGCAACCCCAUGAUGGGACCCCAUGGCCAGCCGUUUAUGUCACCGCGGUAUCCAGGUGGACCGCGUCCUGCACUCCGCAUGCCAAAUCAGCCUCCUGGUGGAAUCCCAGGAUCUCAGCCACUCCUGCCAAACAGUUUGGACCCAACAAGGCCGCAAGGACAUCCUAACAUGGGUGGACCGAUGAGAAUGAACCCUCCUCGAGGAAUGGCCAUGGGCCCACAGAAUUACGGAGGCAUGAGGCCUCCCCCCAACUCCAUGGGCGGCCCCAUGCCAGGAAUGAACAUGGGUCCCGGAGGUAGAGGGCCUUGGCCUGGACCUAAUGCCAACUCUAUAGCCUACUCCUCCUCAUCUCCAGGAAACUACGUGGGUCCUCCAGGCGGAGGAGGUCCACCUGGAACUCCCAUCAUGCCCAGCCCAGGUGACUCGACUAACUCCAGUGAAAACAUCUAUACAAUGAUGAAUCCUAUCGGACAAGGAGGCAACAGACCCAAUUUUCCAAUGGGACCUGGGCCUGACGGGCCGAUGGGAGCAAUGGGAGCCAUGGAACCGCACCACAUGAAUGGAUCACUAGGGUCUGGGGACAUGGACGGGUUGCCAAAGAGCUCUCCUAAUAAUAUGGGGGGCAUGAACAACCCUCCGGGAACGCCGAGAGACGACGGCGAAAUGGGCGGCAACUUCUUGAACCCAUUCCAAAGCGAAAGUCCCUCCGGGACGGCCCUCGAGCACGCUGGGACUCUAAUUAAGACGGGCCCUCCUGGAGCAUGCAAAAUGGCUGCCGGUGUGAACAGGAAGCAGUCACAGAGCAACAGGAAGAGCCUCCUCUCCGACUCCGGCCCCGGCCUCCCUGGCUUCCUGUCAGGGUCUAGACAAUGAGCGAGGGACGGAGGACAAAUGGAGAGAAAGAGGGAGAAAGAGGAGACUGGAAAACACAGCCCUCCCUCAAGGACGCAGCGUCGGGUCUCUCAGCAGCUGCCUGGAAGCUACUCAACCACGACUUUUUUUUUUUUUUUUUUUUUUUAAUCAUACUUUUUUUUGUUGCCGUUUCUAAACGGAUUCAGCAGAGGGUUAAAGGAAAUGACCUCCUUUCGCCCCCUCCCCACAUUGUUCUCUGUGUGUGUGUACAUUUGUAACAGAGGUGUUGUGAUGAUCAGUGAAUAUUUUUUUUUUCCAUUUUUUUUUUUUUUUUUUUGUGUAUGUAUUGUAUCAUUGCUAUUUUUAUUAUUGUAUUAUUGUUAUUAAUGAUAUUGCUAUGAUCAUUUUAAGAUUAGGUUUUAAUUUUUUUUGUCGUUUUUAAGGGCACAUUGUUAUGAUGAAGACAGCAUAUAUGUGUGCAAGCGAAUCAGAAAUGAUUUGUAACGUGUGGCUCUGUGUGAGCGCACUGCCCCCUGCAGGUAAGAUUAUGUCCGUCACGGUACUGGUCCUUUGUUUUUGUUAGUUUUCUUUUUUUUUUUAAUCUUUCUCAGAGGUUAGAAACUUACUUUUUAAAAGACCUAAAUUGUUUGCGCUCGAGAACCCACACACCAGAAGAAGAAGAAGAAGAAGCCUCUCCUGCUUUAGUUGUUUCCCUGCAGUGAAAUGCACAGCUCUAUUUAUUUAUGUACUUUUAAUUUGUCUUAUGAAUCAUUGUUACUUCUUUUUUUUCUUUUUUUUAAAUCCCUGGUUUUUGUCAACUGCAGAACUAGUAGCAACUGUGUAAAUAUCCACUCGGCGGCGUCUCCUCGCCUUCUGUGUGACGUCAUUAGACCCCUAAAGGUGCUGAAGUUUUCAUAGGUGUCGGCCAUUUUGACCCCAACUCAUGCUGCUUCCACUAACGCUUCACCAUACGCUCCAUCGUGUACAUAGGUUACCGUCUGUCUGCUGACCUGUCGUCAACACUUGGAUCUUUUUUUUUUUUUUUAAUUUUAUUUGCUGAUAAGUUUUUCAACACACUGUGACGUACGUUUGUGCUUUUAUUGAAAUUUGGUUUCACACACAACAACUCAACUGUAGCUCGCGUUUUGUUUCUCUAUCACACACACACACAGUUUUCUUUCUCUACGGCCGCUUCUGGUGAAAGGACUUCUGGCUAUCUGCUGAUCAGAUCUCUGUGUUGGACAAUAGCGGGUCUGCCGACUGUAACGAGUGGCCUCACCUUGAACAAAAACACCUCUGUCCUCUCCCCUUUUCUCACCUUUCCAACAGGCCAGCAUCAACACACACACACACAAACACACGCGCGCACACACAAGACACUCACCACCCCCUCUCUGAUUUUUAAUUUUAAUUCUUUUUUUUGUAAAACUCCAUCUUUUGAUUUUCAUUUUAAUUUUUUUUGUAAAUACUGUAAAAUGCAUUUUGAUAUCAUUGACAUGUUUUGAUAUUUCAAAUCACAACUUAACAGUUGAUCAGAAACGACUCGGGCGACUGUGUGUUAUUUGUUCAGAGACGAUGGCGUGUGUCUUUUACUCGGAAAUAAUAUGAAUGACGAGAAACUGGAGCUGCUAUAGACUUAUUAUUGCUAUUUCACCUCAUCACAGACAAAACGCGGGGCUUUUUAAACUGUGCGUCCGGAGCUGUUUUGCGUCAAAGGGGUCGGGGACGAGGGAAAGAAGUUGUAGUAGCUAACUCACUGUCGCACACAUUUCCCCCGGAGAGUAAAAUGAAAACUCGGAUUUAUUUCCCUUUGGCCUCUGUUCUUGGAAACUGUGCUUGAAAUGGCAAAAAAAAAGAAACGAAAAAAUGCAAAACAGGAAUAUUUCUUGUCAUUUUUAACACACGAUUUGCAAGAAAAGAGUAAAAAAACAAAAAGAGGAUUUUUUUUUUUUUAAUAAUAAUAAUAAUAAUAAAACAUCUGUGUCUGCCCCCGACGCUGCAUUUCAGCCUCUUCUUCUCUCGACACAACUGAAACAGAAAGCAGGGCACAACACAGGACACUGGCUCUCAAUCCAACGCACCAGGGACCAGAGUACAUACUUUACUAUGAAGGAUUUUUUUAUCUAUUUAAAAAUGAGGGGGUGGGGGCAGGAGAAAUGUUUGGGAAAGUUAAAAAAGAAAAAAAAAAAACAUAAAAAUAAAAAUGGACAGACUUGUUGCUGAGAAGAGUGAGAGCGCAGGAGCAGGCGCCUCCUCCCCUGUACUUUGAAAUACUGUUGUAUAAAAUGCAGUCCAACUUCUCUCUAUCUUUCUGUCCUGUAAGUAAAGCCGUCACAACGUUGAUCAUUUCUGUAUUUCUAUUGUGCUGAUGUAUAAUACUGUAACAUUCAGGGGCCGGGGGGGUUAAGAGAGGACUUUUUUGGGGGGGAGGGCGGGGGUAAAGAUUUUUUCUGUUCAGUUCCUCAUUUUUCCUCUUGAUGACAAAGCAGUAUUGAAUAUGAGGCAGUCUGUCCUUGGGGAGUUGCUUUGUAUCUCAUGUUAGGGUAGUUUCAGAUCCUAAGUGUCUCGUGUAGUAAAAUAAGAGGUUCCUUCGUAUGUUUCUUUAUAUUGUAAAGUUUCUUUAGACAAAAAAAUGUUGCUUAUUGGAAAAAAGGUGGGAAAUCUGCAUUGAUAAUUAAUGUAUUUUUUUUUUGUUGUUUUUGGUUCUGGUUUUUUUUUUUUUUUUUUUUUUUGGUUUUGUUUUAAUUUUCAUCAAGUUGUCAGUCGUUUUUUGCCUGUGUCCCCCUUGUUGUAGAUACAUAUUAAAAACAAAUAAAAUGACUUCACUCCUUUUGCCAUGAA